AUUAACGUCCGCCAUCCAUCAUGCACCUCCUGCCGAGUCUCGCAUUCUUUGCCUUCACACACCUCACCGCGGCGCACGGAAACGAUGGACCUGAAGCUGGAGAGACUGUUCAGCAGUAUGCCCAGAAACACAUGGCCUCUGAGCACCAUAUUGACUCCUUUGACACACCAAGUUUCUUCCAGUUGCAUGAUCUGAACCGCGACGGUGUCUGGGAUCGGGAGGAGAUAGAAGCGAUAUACGGCGUGCAUCAUGUCUACUCGCAGAAGAAGUCAAAAGAUGAGAUCCAGCACCAAGAAAAGGCAGACCACAUCGUGAACACCGUACUUGCCAAGCUCGACAAGGAUAAGGAUGGAAAGAUCACGAUGGAAGAGUUCGUCGCUGUUGGUUUCGACGGGCUUCCGAAUUUUGACGAUCUCGGUGCGGAGGGACACCAUUACGAUGUGGAGAGCGAGUUCUUCCUUCACCACGAAGAGCAAUUCCACUCCACCCCAGAAACCCAAACCGACGAGUCCUACACACACCCCGAGGACAUCGAGCACUUCGCGCAGCACGAGAAUAUCGAGCGCCAAGAAGCAGAACGCGAGGCGCGCUUCCAAGGCAUCACCGUCGAGGAGGCCCUCGCGCAGCACGACGAGCCCGAUGAGCCGGAGCGCGAGGCGCGCGCCAACGCACGGACGGUCCCGCGCGUGCAGCGUACCAAGCCCGAGGAGGACGACCCGGUGAAACGCUACGCAAGCGCAAAGGCAGACGGCCAGUGGGGUGAGGGCGAGGCGGGGUACAAGCCUCCCAAGUCGCCAUCAGAUCGGCUCAAAAAGAACUUGCCGUACAAGGACGGAAUGCAGUACAAGUUCCGCCGCACCUGGGGCGAUUUCUAA